GUACGCUCCAGUUAUGUUCCUGAUGCAACUAUGAGAGUUUUGCUCGAGUAUUUGGACGGUGAUGAUAAGAACAUUACUUGUCCGCUGCUUACUGAACGGAUAUACCAAGAUGGUACACCCGGUUGCACAUACAACAAAUGGGCUUACAUAAUCAUUGCAAUCGUGGCAUUUAUAAUUGUUGGAAUCCCAUUUACAGCUUUCGUUUGCUGCAUACAGCGGAAGAUACGGAAUAGGCAACGCAUUCGACGCAGCAGCAAUGACCGAUCAAGCCCCUAUCCAUAUCAGCCCAUCAGCAGUGAAGGAAGUGGGCAUCCUUCUUAUGGAGCUAUUGACAGUGCUGAUGAGCGUGUAAUCAGAUCUCCAAGCCAUGACUCUGUAUCUACUGCCAGUCUGGCUGAUAAACAGAGCCAGCAUCAAGACACCACAAGUGUGGCAUCUAGUCGUGCAAGCAUGGUUCCAGCCUAUGACGAUGUAUCUUUAAAUCAACGCAGCACUGCAGCCAGUAGAUCUCGCCACCCAUCUAAUUCAGAAAAUAUUAAAGAUGGUGCCAAGAACUCAGCAGGAGGGCAAGCCAAUCAAAGGAGAACAUCGCGUCUCUCAUCAGAUGGCCAGGAUAGAUUUGUUGACCAACCAGGACAGUUUUAUGAAUCUGUGGAUGUUGUAACAAACUUGCCGAAGCUUCAAGACCAAACUAAAGCUAGAAGUGAUAAACAGCCACCCUCCAAACCUCCCAGGCAAUUCUUUAAUAAAGCUAUCACUCCAGAAACUGAGGAUCAUGUAUAUUCUGAAGUUGAAGGCACUGACUCUAAUAGUGCCUUUCAAUCCCCAUCAAAUGAUGUCAUAUAUGAAAUAAACCCUAAAGAAGAUGGGGCUUUUGAAGGGAGCUCACCAGUGUAUGCUGUUUUAGAACCAUCCCCAGAGGUUCCAGAUCAGAAUAAGGGUCCAGAAUCACCUAAUGAACAGAAACCGGGUUUAGAGCAAGAGAAAAAGCCAGCUGAUGACAAAGUUGGAGAGGAUUCCGCUUCAGAUAAUUAUGUAACAGUUCUUCCUCCUACUCCUCCCAAACAAGUUUAUGAACCUGUAAAUGAGAAUUCAGACUUGACAGCAAGUGGCUCAAAUGAGUUUGAUCAAUAUUCUGUAACACCAAAAGAAGAAGAACCUGACCCUGUGAAGUCAAGAUCUUAUUUUGAGGAGUUUCUUCUGGACAAAGUGAGGGCGUUACCAGCAGAUAAAAGAAAUGGUACUUUCCUUAUUCGAGAUUCAACUUCCUCAACUGGAUUAAAGGUUUUAACCUUGUACUGUUGGAAAAAUGACUCAAAUAAAGAGCUUUACCACUUUAAGAUCAGUUCUGCAGAAGAUGGCUGGGUAUUCCUUUACAAGAGUUCUAAAAGGUUUUCAGACUUAGAUGAACUUUUGAAAGAUCUCAGGAAAGACAAAGAUAUGUUGCCUUGUGUUUUAACAGAACAAGUUUUGCCCUAAUAUUUUUUUCCUGGCCCUUCAUGUACAUAAAAUAUUUAUAUAGAAU